GAAAACAUGCCCAUUAAGAAAACGUUUUGCCAGUUGCCACUCAGGUUUCCUUACCGCUGCUCUUAAUAUUUUAUUUUAUUUAUUUAUUUUAAUUUGAUUACAUUUGCUCGCUGAUGCGAAAAGGGUAUGAAUCAGCACAAAUCUUACUUCAUUUGAUCUUCGGACCGAUCCCCGAAGAUACCCACAAGAUAAAGUUUUGAUUUUUUUUUUAAUGACUUUCCUUCUUCCUCUGAUCCGCGACCCUCCUCCGUCUUCUGCUGCUGUUUCGCCUUCUUCACUGUCUUCUUCCUCUUCUUCUUCUUCUGUCUCCGUCGAUUCUGGUUGACUUCUGAGAAGAUUUGUCGCUCGAAGGAAGGCAUUUCAUCUUACAAAUGGCUACAUUGAACGAUAUCGGGAUUGCGGCAGCGAUCAACAUUCUCAGCGCAUUCGCCUUCUUUAUAGCGUUUGCCAUUCUGAGGAUUCAGCCUGUGAAUGACAGAGUCUAUUUCCCUAAAUGGUAUCUGAAAGGCUUGAGGAGUAGUCCCCAUAGGACAGGUGCCUUUGUAAGCAAGUUUGUCAAUCUGGACUUUCGAUCAUAUGUCAGAUUCCUCAACUGGAUGCCCGAGGCACUGAGAAUGCCGGAACCUGAACUCAUCGAUCACGCAGGAUUGGAUUCCGUCGUUUAUUUGAGGAUUUACUUACUCGGGAUUAAGAUCUUCUUCCCAAUAGCAUUACUUGCUUUCACAGUGAUGGUGCCGGUGAACUGGACGAACCACACGUUGGAUCAGCUGAAGCAUUUAAAUUUGACGUACAGCGAUAUAGAUAAGCUCUCUAUAUCGAAUAUUCCAACCGGUUCUUCCAGAUUUUGGACGCAUUUGGUUAUGGCUUAUGCCUUUACCUUCUGGACAUGCUUUGUCCUGAACCGGGAAUACAAGAAUAUCGCCUCCAUGAGGCUUCAGUUUCUUGCAUCCGAGCAAAGGCGGCCUGACCAGUUCACUGUUCUGGUAAGGAACAUUCCUCCCGAUCCCGACGAAUCAAUCAGUGAACUUGUUGAGCAUUUCUUCAAGGUCAACCAUCCUGAUCACUACCUCAGUUAUCAGGUUGUCUGUAAUGCAAACAAACUCUCGGAGUUGGUCGAUGAGAGGAAGAAGAUGCAGAAUUGGCUCGAUUACUAUCAAAACAAACACACGAGAAAUCCGUCUAAAAGGCCAUUUGUAAAGAUGGGAUUUCUCGGGUGUUGGGGUGAAUCCGUUGAUGCCAUUGAGUACUACACUUCUAAAAUCGAGGGUAUAAUGAGAAGAAUAUCGGAGGAGAAGGAAAAGAUAAUGAGCAGCCCGAAAUCCGUUGUUCCGGCAGCUUUCGUAUCGUUCAAGAGCCGUUGGGGAGCUGUUGUCUGCGCUCAAACUCAACAGUCGAGAAAUCCGACAGUGUGGCUGACAGAGUGGGCCCCGGAGCCUCGUGACAUCUACUGGAACAACCUUGCUUUGCCAUAUGUCCAACUCACGAUACGAAGGCUCGUUAUAGCUGUCGCCUUCUUCUUCCUCACUUUCUUCUUCGUGAUUCCUAUUGCGUUUGUCCAGUCCCUCGCCAAUAUCGAAGGCAUCGAAAAGGCUGUGCCUUUCCUAAAACCCAUUAUAGAAAUGAAAGUGAUAAAGUCAUUCAUCCAAGGUUUCCUUCCCGGGAUCGCACUGAAGAUAUUUCUCAUUUUCCUCCCAAGUAUAUUGAUGCUGAUGUCCAAAUUUGAAGGCUUUAUCAGCCUAUCAACCUUAGAACGAAGAUCCGCAACUAGAUACUACAUUUUCCAGUUCGUGAACGUGUUUCUGGGAAGUAUAAUCACCGGAACUGCGUUUCAACAGCUGAACAGCUUCCUUAACCAGUCCGCAAAUGAUAUCCCGAAGACCAUUGGAGUCUCAAUCCCGAUGAAAGCAACCUUCUUUAUAACGUAUAUAAUGGUGGAUGGAUGGGCCGGUGUGGCUGGAGAGAUACUGAGGUUGAAGCCGCUGAUAAUCUAUCAUCUGAAGAAUUUCUUCCUCGUGAAAACAGAGAAAGAUCGGGAAGAGGCAAUGGAUCCCGGAACCAUAGGAUUCAACACGGGCGAACCCCAAAUUCAACUCUACUUCCUUCUUGGCCUCGUAUAUGCAGUUGUCAGCCCCAUCCUUCUCCCCUUUAUCCUCGUUUUCUUCAGCCUAGCUUAUGUAGUUUACCGCCAUCAGGUUAUAAACGUGUACAACCAAGAGUACGAGAGUGCAGGAGCGUUCUGGCCUGAUGUUCACGGGCGUAUCAUAGCUGCAUUAGUCGUCUCUCAGCUGCUAUUGAUGGGAUUGCUGAGUACGAAACAAGCUGCUCAAUCAACUCCGUUGCUCAUCACGCUUCCCGUGCUUACGAUAUGGUUCCACGUUUUCUGCAGAGGACGAUAUGAACCGGCCUUUGUCAAAUACCCAUUACAGGAAGCGAUGAUCAAGGACACGUUAGAGAAAACCCGGGAGCCGAAUCUAAACCUGAAGGCGUUCCUAGGAAAUGCGUAUGCUCAUCCAGUGUUCAAGGCUGCGGAAAACGAAAGGGAAGAGACAGGACUGGAAGAGACAAGACCAGAGAGAACACCUGAGUUAGUCCCCACCAAACGUGGUUCAAGGAUGAACACUCCAUUGCCCAGCAAACACAGUGGCUCUGUCUCUCUCUCGCCUUAGAUGUCCCCUCUCUGAAACCAAACACUUAGUUUAGUCUCUAGUGUUUCGAUGAACAACAACACGCGUUCUUUGAUUGUUUUGAACUUGGUGCAAUGAACUUUGGUCUUUUGCUCAACAGGCUGAAGAGAAAAAUGUAUAGAUGAACUAUUAACAUAGCUCAAGGGGGGAAUAAGACCUAUUCUCCGUCCAAAAAAUUUCAUCUUUCUAUCUUUAA